CAAUUAUUAAAAAUUCCAUAAAUCAUUCCAAUCCAGUCUCUAUCUUUCUCUUUCUAUCCAUUAUUUAACCGCCACGAAAUCACUUCUCACCUUUUGUUUCUCGAGAAAAAAAAAAGAAAACAACUUUUCUUUGCUUUCUCGAGAAAAUUAAACUCAAUUACGCCGCUAAAUUUCGAAAUCCGCUAAAUGUUUCUCAAGCCCAGAUCUUGACCCCUCCCUCCUUCCUCACCGGAACCCUAGCUUUUCUCUACCGCAAUGCAUGGCUACAGCCGCCUCGGUACCCGCGGCGGCGGCGGCGGCGGCUCGCCACCGUCGUCGCCGCGGUUCCGCCAUGGCAGGAGCAAGAGCGGAGGAGGCGGAAGGGGAUCGAAGCAGAGCGUGAUGGAGAGGAUCGUGCUCUUGCUGAUUUCGGCGAUGUUUCGGAGGAGAGGCGUGCUGUUGCUGGCUCCGCUGCUGUACAUUUCCGGAAUGCUGCUUUACAUGGGCUCGGUGAGCUUCGACGUCGUCGGGAUAAAAAACGGCGUUGUCGUGGUCCACAAGCGCCACCCGCCGGGCUCCGUGUAUCGGAGUCCUCAGGUCUUCGAGAAGCUCUGGCCUUUUAUGCAAGCCGAGAGCAAUGGAAGUGAAAACGCGAUGAUGUCAGUGUGGAAUUCUACAGUGCAUCAAGUUUGGAAGCCUUGUCUUCACAGGGACAUCCCAAAAGCAGGACUGCCAAAGUCAAAUGGGUUCUUCAUAAUUGAAGCAAAUGGUGGGUUAAACCAGCAACGUCUGUCGAUCUGUGAUGCGGUGGCUGUGGCUGGACUAUUGAAUGCAACGCUUUUAAUUCCAAUUUUUCAUUUAAAUAGUGUGUGGCGAGACUCCAGCAACUUCAGGGACAUAUUUGAUGAAGAUUUCUUUAUACAUACGCUCAGACAUCACGUGAAUGUGGUCAGAGAGCUCCCGGAAGAUAUACUACAGCGGUUUGAUAAUAAUAUAAGCAACAUUGUGAAUCUGAGAGUAAAAGCUUGGUCAAGUCCAACCUACUAUCUACAUAAGGUCCUCCCAAAGUUGAUGAACAUGGGGGCUGUGCGCAUUGCUCCUUUUUCCAACAGAUUGGCUCAUGGUGUUCCUUCAAGCAUUCAAGGACUUAGAUGCUUAGUGAAUUUUGAAGCGCUAAGAUUCUCAAAACCUAUAAAGGGACUGGCAGAGAAAAUGGUAGACCGUAUGUUUAAGAAAAGCUACCAGAGUGGUGGAAAAUAUGUAUCCGUACAUCUCCGGUUUGAGGAGGAUAUGGUUGCCUUUUCAUGCUGUGAAUAUGAUGGAGGGGAGGAAGAGAAACGCGAGAUGGACAUAGCUCGAGAAAGAAGUUGGAGAGGAAAAUUCAGGAGAAGGGGUAGAGUUAUAAGGCCUGGUGCGAACCGAGUAGAUGGAAAAUGCCCUUUAACUCCCUUGGAGGUCGGAAUGAUGCUCAGAGGCAUGGGUUUCGACAAUACAACCUCAGUUUACGUUGCAGCAGGGAAAAUUUAUAAAGCAGAAAAGUAUAUGGCCCCACUUAAACAAAUGUUUCCCCGUUUAGAAACGAAAGAUACGCUGGCUACCCCAGAAGAACUUUCUCCAUUUAAGGGCCACUCGUCCAGGUUGGCCGCUCUUGAUUACACGGUUUGCCUUCACAGUGAAGUCUUUGUGACCACUCAGGGUGGCAAUUUUCCCCACUUCUUGAUGGGCCAUAGGCGCUACCUGUACGGUGGACAUGCGAAGACUAUCAAACCGGAUAAGAGGAAACUAGCCGUGUUGUUCGAUAAUCCCAAAAUCAGAUGGGAAGACUUCAAACGACAAAUGCGCGACAUGCUUCGCCACAGUGAUCAAAAGGGUAUUGAAUUGAGAAAGCCCAGUGGGUCACUUUAUACAUUUCCUAUGCCAGAUUGCAUGUGUAAACAAGCAGAAGCUAGGACUGAAAAUAGUAAUACUACAAGACGCUUGUAACUUUCAACAUAGCUUGUACCUUUCAACAUAGAAUUGCUCUCAAUUACUUUUUAUUUUUAUUUUUUAUAACACGUGUAGUCUAUAUUGUAUUAUUUCUUAAUUCUUUUAGGGGUCUUGUACGCUAAAACAAUUGUACAUGGAACAUGAUAAAUUAUGG